GUAGUGUUUGCUAAAACAGACGGUAGCUCAGUAUUCAUUGAAUGAUGUUUUGCUUUAUAACAGAUAUCUUACAAAUAACGCCAUUCAAGCUAUCACGGUGAAGAUGUUUGGUGACAGUGGUUCGACGAUACGAGCAAUUCUGGGCCUCACUAACAACGAAAUCCAAACACUCCACGAAGAUUCACUGAAAGGUGUGACAGUCAAUGGACAAAUACGACUUAGAGACAACAAGCUGGUUUUGUUUCCUUCGAAGGCUCUGGAGAGGCAAGACCCAAGAGUUCUGGAAUUACGUAACAAUCAGAUCCCUUCCAUUCCUGUUGGCUGGCUGGAUUCUUUUAAAAAUCUCAGGCAAUUGUUUCUUCCCGAUAAUCUCAUAACCACCUUAGGAGCCAACUUAUUUAAAGAACUGAAAAACCUCGAAAUAUUAGAGUUACAAAAAAACCGGAUCAGUGUGAUUGAGCCAGGGGCUUUCAACAACCUUGUCAGUCUAGAACGAUUAUAUUUAUAUGACAACCAGAUUGAAUUUUUGCCAACCUUUCCCGAGCUAAAGAAGCUUCAAGAUUUGUCGCUCAAGAAUAACAAAAUAGAGAAUCUAGGGCAGCAAUGUUUCAACAAACUUCCCGGACUACAAAAGCUGAAACUUGCAGGAACAAAUCAGUUCGCCUGUGACUGUAACGUCUACGACUCCAUCGUGACCGUCAUUGACACCUUAAUUUCCUCAGAGGCUGCCGUCUGCCGGACUCCUUCACAAACAGCAGGGGCAAAAUUCUACCCUGGGGGGUCUUACGAGUCAUUUUACCGCCAGCGCUUUUUAUGCAGUAAGAUAUCAUUGAUAAAACAAAUAUCUGUUAACAAUUACAAGUUCACUUAUAUCUAGUGCCUCCACUGAACUGCUUUUUAAAUAAAUUCAAACGGAAUUUCCAAUUCCGAAUGAAAAUGCUUCUUAUUAAUUAUAUGUGAUUUCUGUUGGUCAGC